AUGCUGUUCGCCAAGGCCAUCGUCGCUCUCACCUCUGCCGCCGUUGUCAUGGCCGCCUGCCGUCAAGACCGCUUCGGUUCCAGGUGGGGUCUGAGCCGUGGUCGGAUGUACGACAACAUGAUGAUGGAUGGUCUCCGUUGCAAGUGCGACAACACGGGCGUGCACGACGAUGAGGUCUGGACGAACAACGAGUGCAGCGCCCUCGGCAAGGAGGUUAAGUGGUGCUACGGUGCGGCUGAAUUCUACUGCGAGACCGGAGACAGGGGCGACGAGUUCCGAAAGCACUGUGCCAGUCGCGGCAGUACUUGCUACGCGGAUGAUUGCUAA